GUCUGCGGCCGGAGCUAGCGGAAGGGGACGCCGUGGUAGGGUGAUGGUAGUUGUCCGGGCGGGGCCGACUGGGCCGAACCGGACCAGACAUUGAACUAGACAGCCGCUGGAGCAUCGCUCUGUCCUCGCUCACUCUGCUCGCGUUCCGAGAAUCCCCCGUCCCCGGUUUGAGCCGAAUCCAGAGAGUCUACUGGCGCCCGCGCGGGGUUCGGACAUCUCCGCGCGCCCACGGUGUCGUGGCCUCAGGGGAACGUUGCGGCGUCUGCUAUCCGCGGGGGCGGGCGGGCAUCUUGGCACAGAUGAGGAUGGUCGCAGUGGAUUCCUAGGGGUUCCGUCGCCACCGUACGGGCCCACUGGGGCCCCUAGCGCUAUGGGCGCUGGCAGCUUCGCCGGACAAAGGGCCCCGGGUGCGGGGGUGUCUCCGAGGCGGGCUCGCGGGUUUACUUCCUCCUCGGCCCCACGGGCGUGCUUCCCUCUUGGCUGUCCCGAAGCCCGCCCCGCCACCGUCACCGCACAAGUGGCUCUGGCUGAGUGAGACCAGUAGGACUAAUCCUACCCCGCGGAUCUGAUCCGGAUCGGAACUCGGUCCCAGGGCAGGUCCCCACCGCCCCUCCUAUUGUUUGGGGGCCCAGGUGUGCCUUCAGACUGGAAGUGACGGGUGUAGUCGUCUGAGAGCCUGGGCUGUGGCCAUCUGCGAAACCCGGGGUAGCACUGGUGAGGGAAAGAGGACCCAAGUCCCCCAUAUAGGGCUGCAAUGGCGGUGAGUCCCACAGGGCUGCCCCAGCCCGCAGCUCGCUAAAGAUAGCCCUUCACUUCCUGGGGAAAAAACCACCCCAACCGUCUUAGUGUACAGAGAGUAGCUGAAGUCCCCAGCUGGGCCUCCAGCCCCAACCCUGUUAACUAUCCCCGAGGCGCGCGCCUGCGGCAUAGAAAGUGCUUUGGAAUGACACGAUCACUCUCGUUGAGUGGGCACCCAAGAAGCCAUCGGGAAUGUCGUGUCCGCCCAGUGCUCUUUCGGCGCCUCCCAGGAGGGCCUUGAAGCCCUGGCCCAGAGAGGGGCUUUGCCAACCUUUUCCUGCUUCUAUGGUCCCCUCCCUUCUGAGUUUUGGGCACUGUCACUGCUCCAGGGCAGAGAUCACAGUUUUACCAGCACUCUGUGCUGCGUCAGGGAAAAGGGGGUUUAAGUUACAUUGAAGUGAAAACAUGGGGGACAGGAAAGAGCUUUCUCUUGGACAGAGGAGUGGAAUACUCCAGCUGAGCUGCUCUUUAGCUUGCUCUUCUUAUGGUCACAUUGUUUAGUUGACCCACAAUGGCUCGUUACCUAAACCAGGAAGCGGGAGGGUCCCUGUUAAAGUACACUAGGUUAAAGGAGAAAGCUUUCGAAGCCGGAAAUUCUGGAAACCAUCGUGAUGGUUUUAAUUCCUGAAGAAUCAAGACGAGAAAACUGGCAGUUCUAUCAGUGGGCAUUUAUCGGGAAUAAAGACAACCCAUGUCCUAAAGUAGGAAAUGCAAAUAACCUGAAACCGCAGAACACAAAUUCUUUUUAAAACGAGGUUGUUUUUUUUUAAGUAGGUCGUGAAGGUGGCAUUAAUGUUAGCUGCCCUCUUCCAGUGACAAUUUGUUUGGAACUUGGCAACAUUUUGUUCAUGUGUAAAAUGGGGGAAACAAAACGUAGACUUCGAUGAGAGCAAGAGUCCCCACCAGGUCGCGAGGGUCCUUCCCUUGUUUGGUAACGCGGGUGACAGCGAAAGAACUGUGGGUGAGGGAAGACUCCGAGAUUUCGGACCCAGGACCAAGCACAGAAGGUGGGCCACGCUAAGGCAGUCGGUCGAAAGCAACGGCCGCUGUUCCCUCUGGUGCACCUGCCCACUCAGGGACCGGAUCUCCGCCCUGGCCGGUCGGUCUUCCCGGAAGUUCGGCCUCCUGAUAUUUUGCUUCCGCUUCCGCUCGCUCCUUCCAGUCGCCAUGGCGACGGGGCGCCUUGGGGUCGAAGAGACUCUGGGGGCCCUUAACGCGGCUUUGGGACCUGGUGGCCCCGUGUGGUUCAAAGAGACGCGCGCCCGCCACCUACAUGCCCGAGACUUCCUGGCGCCGCGGCGCGCGCUACAAGCACGCUUCGGAGACGGACAGGUGCCCGAACGUGUGUUCCAUGCGGUGGCCGUCCUGCAGGGCCCCGGCGUGGCUCCAGUGCUGCGCUGCGCACCGACCCCCGCGGGUCUGGCGCUCCAGCUGCAGCGGUCCGCUGUCUUCGAGCGCGUGCUCGGCGCGGUGGAGGCCUAUGCUGCGCCCGCCGCACCGGCCACGCCGGGUCUGCGCGUCCUCCUGCACUGCCCAGCGCUGCGCGCCUCCCCCUGCGUACUCCGCCUGAGCCAGCUGCGGGCGGUGCUCGUGGCCGAUCACCUGGCGCGAGCUUUGCACGCUCAAGGGGUGAGUAUUCGCCUAGUGCCCGCCGUGCGGGAUCCGCACAUGUCGACAUUCCUGCAGCAUCUGCAAGUGGACUGGCCUGCUACCUCGGAGCGAGCCGAGACCGAAACCUUGAGGAGCCAAGCACUGGCAGAGCUUAGCCCUGCUGGUGACAGGGGAGCCCUGCCCCCUGGCGUUCUGGGCAGUGUGUGCCUGAAGGAUCUGUUGGAACAACGGGGACGCACAGCUGGCUACGACCCCAAUCUGGACAACUGUCUGGUGACCGAGGAUUUGCUCUCUGUGCUGGCUGAGUUGAGGGCAGCCCUGCUGCACUGGCCUGAGGCUGCAACCCCCGAUGCUGGUGCAGACAGCUGCAUGGUGGUACAUGUGGUAAGCUGCGAGGAGGAGUUCCAGCAACAAAAGUUGGACCUGCUUUGGUGGAAGUUGGAUGAUCAGGCUCCUCUCAGACAGAAGCACCUGGUCUGUGGCUCAGUGAAAGUAGCUGGAGCACCCGGCACCCUGACUGCCCCAGAGUACUAUGAGCUCAGGCACGCUCAGGUAUGCAAGGCCUCGGCACUGAAGCACAGCAGAGACCUGACAGAAGACCCAGCCUGGACAGAAACCUUCAGGGUUCUCUCUGUGGCGACCAUCAAGUUUGAGAUGCUCAGCACAGCCCCGCAGAGUCAGCUGGUCCUGGCCCUGGCGGACAGCAGCAUUUCCACAAAGGGCACCAAGAGUGGCACCUUUGUCAUGUAUAAUUGUGCCCGUCUGGCCACACUCUUUGAGGGUUACAAGCACAGCAUGGAACAAGGUCUGUACCCCCCUUUUCCACCUGUGAGCAGUCUGGAUUUCUCACUGCUCCAUGAUGAGGGUGAGUGGCUGCUGCUGUUCAACAGUAUCCUCCCGUUCCCAGACCUGCUGAGCCAGGCGGCAGCCCUGGACUGCACAGCCCUGGGGCUGCACAUCACUGCACGCACGGAGAUGGUGUGCAAGUCCCUGGUGAAGCUCAGCAUGGACUUCAGCUCCUACUACAACCGUGUACACAUCCUAGGGGAGCCUCGGCCACACCUGUUUGGGCAAAUGUUUGCCCGUCUGCAGCUUCUACAGGCUGUGCGUGAGGUGCUCCACACUGGCCUGGCCAUGCUAGGUCUCCCGCCACUCAGCCACAUCUAAGGCUACAGAGGGUCCAAUGUUUGGGAAUGUUCAUGGAGUCAACUGAAGAAAAAAAACCCCACAGGUUUUGUUAAGAAACCUGGAGCCAAAAUAAACCAUUAUGCAGCUCUG